AUGACAUCGAUAUUCGUUCCUGGCAACAAGGCCGUCAUCACGGGCGGCGCAUCUGGCAUAGGGUUGGCAAUCGCCAAGAAGUGCAUCAGCCAUGGGAUGGAGGUUCUCAUAGUUGAUCGCGACACAAAACUUCUCCAGGCGGCGGUGGAAACCCUGGGGAAGUCCGCCGCUUCUUUCGAGUUGGACGUGAGUCUACUUCAGGAUUGGGAGAAGCUUAGGACGAACCUGAAUACUUCGCUUGGAGGAUGUAUCGAUCUUUUGGUUCUCAACGCCGGCAUCGGUCUCAAGUCAACAUGGCUGGACCCAGAUAGCUUCCGCAAGAUCUUGGACACCAACUUAUAUGGCGUCAUCAACGGAAUCAGUAGCCUGCUACCGCUUGUUGGCAGUGGUCAGUCUUCCAAGUCGGCCGUUGUCAUCACGGGCUCGAAGCAAGGCAUCACAAACCCGCCGGGAAACCCAGCUUACAAUGCCAGCAAGGCCGCUGUCAAGUCUCUGGCCGAGCACUUGUCGUUCGACUUGAGAAAUACGGCCACAUCGGUGCAUCUCCUAGUGCCGGGCUGGACAUUCACCGGCAUUUCUGGGGCUGCCCCGGGUAGGGAGAAGCCUGCGGCUGCCUGGACUCCGGAGGAAGUGGCCGACUAUCUGGAGAAGAAGAUGACGGAGGGUACAUUCUACAUCCUCUGCCCAGAUAAUGAGGUGACUGAAGAAAUGGAUCGCAAGAGAAUGAUGUGGAGUGUCGGGGAUGCCGUCGAGGGUCGACCCCCUCUUAGUAGGUGGCGUGAUGACUACAAGGACGAAGCACACGCAUGGAUGGCCAAGCAGUAG